UCUUGGGCUGAGUGUUUUCUCUUCUUCCACUCCCUCUUUGCUCACGUUGACUCUUUAAACCCCGCCCACCCCUUUUUUUGAUUUGAUUUGUAAGGUCUAACCAACCAUUUACACUAUUUACUUUAGAUAUCCUUAGAUGAUGGUUGUAGCAGACGACAGUUGAGGGAGACUGGAGAAGUCGCUGUUUGAGAGCCAUAUUUGCCACCGUAUUAGCGCAGGGAGAAGGCAAACAAAACCAAAAAAAAAAGCCCAUCAUCCCUCCAACAAAUGGCGCCUCCUACGGCGCCGCUGAACCUCGAUGUCGAGGCAAUCUCGGGCAUCUGCGGCUCCAUCUCAAUCGCAUGCUGGGUGGUGGUCUUCUCGCCGCAAAUAGUGGAGAACUUCCGCCGCGGCAGCGCCGACGGCCUCUCCCUCCAGUUCCUCAUCGUCUGGCUGUUGGGGGACGUCUUCAACAUCCUCGGCGCCGUCCUGCAGGGGGUUCUCCCCACCAUGGUCAUCCUGGCCAUCUACUACACCAUCGCCGACAUCGUCCUGCUGUCCCAGUGCUUCUACUACCGCGGCUUCACGUGGCGGGACGAGGUCGCGCCGCCGCCGGCGAAGCUUAGGACACGUAGGCUAGGUGAUCCCGACGAACGGACCGGUCUGCUGUCGGCCAGUGCGGUUCCCCUGGCGCCGACGACUACUAGCAGCAGCAGCAGCCAUGAGCACCCCCACCACCAAGCGCCCGACUGGUCGUCCAACCUGUCGCAUCUCUCGCCCGCCGUCCCACUCGUCAACGACGGCACCCUGGCCUUCAACGUCUGGGGCCAGGUGUUUGGGUGGCUGUGCGCGGUGCUGUACCUCGGGUCGCGGCUGCCGCAGCUGCUGCUCAACUGGCGGCGCAAGUCGACCGAGGGCGUCAGCAUGCUGUUCUUCCUGUUCGCCUGCCUCGGCAACCUGACCUACGUGCUGUCCAUCUUCGCCUUCGAGCCCCGGUGCCGCGCCGGGGGCCCGGGGACCAAGUGCCUGCCCGGCGAGGCGAGCACGAUCUACGGCCGGUACAUGCUGGUGAACCUCUCCUGGCUGGCUGGGAGCGCAGGGACCCUGUUGCUGGACAUGGCCAUCUUUGUGCAGUUCUUUAUCUACAGCCAGGCCGAUGAUGAGGAUGACGAGAGCGAGGAGAGUGAGGACGGAUCUGAUGAAGAUGUGGAGGGAAACGGGUGGGAUGAGAGGCCCGUGUUGCAGAGAGAUACUUCUGACCUUUCACGAUGAAGGAGGCUUGCUUAAUCGAGUCUUUCUUGCUCUAAGACGGUUGGGAAUCAUGCCUUUAUAAAGAUAGGGCGUGGGGGGAAAUCACAGGCUUCAGGACAUCCGUCCCGGAAAAAGGAGGCAACUGCCAAACUACUCUU